AUAAGCUGUAUUUGAAAAGAAAAAGAAGGGGCGGAGUUUGCCGCUGUUUGCGAAGUCUGCGGUGUUCGAGGCCGCGUCGCAGUAUUCGCCUCAUUUAUUGACGCGCUUUCGAGUACGGCGAGCAUACGGCGAGGCAGGAAAAAUGGUCCGAGCCUGGUACAUGGACGACGACUUGUCGACCGACCAACGAGAGGAACACCAACUGGAACCACCUGUGCUGGUGUCAUUGGACGAAGUUCGUGAAAAGAGCGGAGUCCUUUACUGGAAGUUGAAUGCCAACACAUACGAGGAGGAUGGUGAACUCGAGAAGAUCAAGAAAGAGCGAGGAUACUCGUACACAGACGUUAUUGAGAUAUCCAAGGACAAACUACCGAACUAUGAGGAAAAGAUAAAGACAUUCUUCCAAGAGCAUCUGCACUCUGACGAGGAGAUUCGCUUUGUCUUGGCCGGGAGUGGCUACUUUGACGUUCGAGAUUGCAAUGACAAGUGGAUAAGGAUUGAGGUGUCCAAAGGAGACCUCCUUGUUUUGCCUGCUGGCAUCUACCACAGAUUCACUCUUGACAAGCAGAACUACAUCAAGGCCAUGCGGCUCUUUGUGGGAGAGCCUGUCUGGACGCCGAUCAAUCGCCCAGCCGACGACCAUCCAGCCCGCUCUCAGUAUCUGGAGACCCUUAGUCAAACCUGCAAUUGUGCGGCGUGAUGGCACAGCUGCUGGAAACAGGCAUGCAAUCAAGAUGAUGCAAUGAAAUUUUGUGCCUUAUAAUUUUAAGCUAAUUUUUAAUGAUUUUUUUAUAGAAGUGUAGUGCAUGUGAAUAAAUAUACAUAGAUUUAUUUUCCAACACUAA